UGCCCAAAGCCAGGGCUCGUUUCUUCUGUAGGUGCUGGAAAGCCUGGGGGACUCAAACCUCUCUGUCAGCAUCAGCCUCAGGUGCAGGGAGCUAUGGAAGGAGGUGUUGUACGCAUUGGUGACCAGAUCAUACUGGAAGAAGAUUAUGAUGAGACAUAUGUUCCCAGUGAGCAAGAAAUCCUGGAUUUUGCGAGAGACAUCGGCAUUGACCCAAAGGAGGAGCCUGAGCUGAUGUGGCUGGCCAGGGAAGGAAUUGUGGCCCCAUUACCACCCCAGUGGAAGCCCUGCCAGGAUGUCACUGGUGAGAUUUACUAUUUCAACUUCAACAACGGCCAGUCCACGUGGGACCACCCCUGUGAUGACUAUUACAGAGCGCUGGUCGCUCAGGAACGGAGGAAGCUGCUGGCACGUGGCAGCUUGAAAAAGAAAGAAAAGAAGAAGAAAGACAAAAAAGAUAAGAAAGACAAGAAGGAUAAGCAGUCACCGAAGCAGCACGCUGAGAAUCCUGAGCCAGAACCAGAUAGCCAGAUUAGCAAUGAAGGCAGAGGGAGUCCGUCACACAUAAAUAAUUCAUGGAGACAAUUUGCAGGCAUGGGGCCAAACAAACUGCAUCCCACACUUGUAUCAGCAUUCAACAGGCCACGCCAAACCUUAACUGAUGUGAAAACUGUAGGAAGUGGCCCACCUUUCAGCAGCUUUGAUGUAUACAUCCAGCAGGGCCAAGAUGUACCUUUGGAAGUACGAGAAAAUGUUCUUUUCAACUCUGUUGGGGCUAUGAAGAGAAAUCCAAUUUUAUUGCAAGCUAGAGAAGGAAGAAGGAGCCAUGACAUGACUCUCUUUGAUUCCAGUCCCAUGGGUGACUGGAGUUUGCAGGAGUUGGUUGAUGCUUCAUAUGUUCAAGAGCAGCUAAGGUUUCACAGCAGAGUAUCUCAGAGUAGAAGUAAGAGAGAAGUUCAGGAUGAGGCUUUGGGUCAAGCUGUCAUUCUUUGCACGAAUGAUGAGAGCAUCAGCAGACCUGGGAGACAGGAUUCAAAGCAAAUGGAGCCAAUGGAACUAGGAGCAGAUAUAAAAGCAGACGAUGUCAGUGGUGUACCAGAGAACCCAUCCAGAGUUCCUCAAGAGAUCAUGGGUGUGCAACCCUGCUUGCAAGGAAUAGAUGCAAAGGGGGGAAUUAAUGUGUACCAUCGUACAUCAAAACGUGUUUCUCCAUCUGUCAAAGAUGGCUGUGGAGAAGAUGGAGAAAGAGGUGAUUCAAUAUCAGAAUGUGGCAGCAGUGACUGGGACAGUUCUCGUAGUGUUGAUACACCCCAGAUACUGGGAGUGAGCCAUCAGUUCUCCUCUCCACACCGUGAGUCUGGAAGCCCAAAGGACCUGCACUUUUUCAUUGAGGGGCCUAUGCUGCCUUGUGCCUUCCUGACAUCACCCAUGUCUCAGAUACGCAGUCCUGCCCAAAAAUCAGAGAGGGAACGUAGCUCCAAGAGUAUGAAAUUGUUCCACGUGCUGCAGGAACAUGAAGAAAGUGCCAGCUUAGAACCUGAAUGUGUUAGGUUUGUGGUGGAUUCCUGUGAGCAACUCACUGUCCAGGAUUCUGAUGGUGCUGCUGAAGGACAGAAAGAAAUGAAGAAAGGAAAUGGAAGGACAGAUCAGGAUCCCAGAGUGUGGGAGGAUGGAGGCACAAAAGACUCGUGUGCUCCUCCUGAGUGUCUCUAUCAGAUGGCUGACUGCCAGGGAAGCAACAGUCCCUGUCAGCACACAGAAGUGAGGGUGACCCAGACCAGAAAAACUGCUGAGAAUUACAGCAAAAUAGAGGUUGGUGAAGGAACAGGUGAAAAUAAGCCUUCGGGCACCCUGCCAGCACCUGUGCAGGUGCCCCUGGGGAACCUUGCUCCUCUGCGUGGCCCUGUGGCUUCUCCAGCUGGCGUCCUGCGUGGCUCACUGCACUCAGACAUGGGGAGCUCUGUGGAUGCUGGUGUUGCAGACAGAGAAGAAGCUCAGAGUCUCCAUAGGACAACUGGACUCUUCAAAAACCUGCACAUGGAUGUCAGUGCCCUGGGAUGCAGCUUUGAAUCUGAGGAUAACAGCAAAGCAGAGAAGAACUAUGGCGGUCACCUGGCUGAUGUCACUGAAGCUCAUCUCCAGGACCAGAGGAGUCCCAUGGAGGAAGCUGGCAGUCUGAGAGAGAAGGAGUCUUUAAAAUCAAGACAUGCUGAAGAAGAGUCUUCCUUGGAUUCUGGUGACACGUGCCCUCCAACUCCAGUUAAAGCCCUUUCUGGAGAUGCUCACUGUAGGCUGUCUGACCAGAACAAAGAGGAAUCUGAUGAGAAACUCGCUGGGAAUGAAGGACUGGGUGAGAAAGCUGCUGAGGUGCAAGGUGACGUCUCUGCAGCUGAUGAGCUGCCACAGUCUCUGGAGGAAGGGAGAGCAGCAGGGACAGAUGUGCCCAGCAGUCCUGGGCAACCUCGAGCUGCAUCUCCAGAUGCUGAAGCUGCUGAAGCAGAUCAGCUGGCAAGCCUGGCUGUCACUGUUGACACCGUGUCUGUUGAUGAAAAUAUAGUAAAUGAAAUGAGGGAGGAAGCAGCUGAUGUGAAAGCUGACAGCAGGCUGGAUGCUGGCAAACCUUCCAAAGUAUCUGAGAGCAGUGAAUGCAUGGAGGACUUGCAGGCUUCUAACCACCUCGACCAGGAGCUGAUCCAGCAUGUGGACUUGGCUUUCCAGAGCCAGUUUUCUGAGCGGGUGUUGGAUGUAGAUGCUCUGUCUCCUGCUUUAGACAAGUCACUGUGCAAGGCACAGGAGCUGGGAGAAGAGGAAAAAGACCAAAGCAAAGCCAGUAUAGAUGAAGAGCAAAGCAAAAGAACAAAAGCUGCUGUGAGUGAGAGGGAUCAAAGUGGUGGUGAAGCAUCAGAACAGAAGUGUGUUGCUUUAGAAAAUGCCAAUCAAGAGGAGGCUGUGGCCCUGCAGCUGGAUGAGGAAUUGCCGGAUAGCCUAAUCGAUCUGGAAGAACUUGCAGCCCUGCAAAAAGCGCAACCUGAGAAAGAAACAAAACAAAAGCAGUCCUUGACCCAGUCUAGUGAAGAAUCCCUGGAGGGAGUAGCCAAGGAGCUGGAGAAGGAGGUCGAACAAGACAAAACGCACUUACUGCAAGCAAAGGAGGAGAAAAUCCAGCAAUUCCAAGAGGAAAUGAGGCUACGGGAGGAGGAAGAAACUCAGAAGCUUUAUGAGCAAAAAGAAAAAUCCCUCAGGACACUGAAAGAGGAUUUGGCAAAGGUUUGUGAGGAGGAAGAAUUACGUGUGAGAAAGGAGGAAACUGAAAGACUGUCAAAGCUGCGAGCCACCAUCACCUCUGAGACUGAGGCAGAGAAGGAGAAGAUAAGGGCAGAGCAAGAGCUGGCACUACAAAAACUAAGAGAAGAGUGGGAGUCCGUGCAGGAAAUGGAGAAGGAGAACUUGGAGAGGAAGAAGCAGCUUGCUUUGGAGAAAAUGAAGCUGGAAAUGGAGGAAGCUCAACAGAAAGAAACAAUCAGGCUAGAAAAAGAGAAGGAACAAUUCCUAAGGGAGCUUAAGGAGAGAUUAGAAAUGGAAAAGAAAAAGGCUGCAGAGGAGCUAGAGAAACAGUAUGCAGCUGAACUCCAGCAGCUGAAAUCUGCAGCAGAAGAGAAGCAUCGAAAGGUCACUUCCAGCCUGCAAACCCAGAUAGCGGAGGCACAGAGGAGUGAGGAGGCUUGGUUGCGUGAAGAUUUGCAGAGAGCAGAGGAGAAAGUGCAGCAGAAAUCAUACCAAGUAGCAGAAUAUGAACGUGAGCUCAGUGAGCUUAUGAGUGAGAAACGCCAUGAAGUGGAAAAAGACCAUGAGAGGAAAAUGGAGAGGAUGAAGGAGGAGCACCAGGAGGUCCUAGCAAGGAUUCGGGAUCAGUAUGAAGAGGAGGAAAGAAAGCAAAGAGCAGAGCUGUUGGAAGGCCUGCGAGGUGAGAUGGCUCGCCUCCGACAGCUCCAUGAAGCGGAGGUGAAAACUCUGCAGGCAGAGCUGGAUGAACGUCUGACUGCACUGCAGCACAGGCAUGGGGAGAAGGAAAGAAGACUCCAGGAUUCAGAAAAUGAGCUUGAAAUACGUGCAAGGAACAUUAAAGCAAGAUCAGUGCAGCUUCUUAGCCAGGAGGAGUCUCUGAGAAGGAAAAAGCAGCAGCUGCUAGAUGAAGACAGACGGACUGAGCGAGAAAGAGAUGAAGCUGCUUUAGCUUCUCAACUCCGCCUGGAGGAGAAUCGGAAGGAGCACACCAACCUUCUUGAGUCCAUCUGGCAACUGCGUAAGGCUCUUGAGGAGCUCCAGGACCAGAAAGCUGAGCUGGAGGCCCAGGUGGAUUUGCUGCAGACUCGAAGCCAGAGGCUGCAGAAGCGUAUCAGUGAGCUUGAGGCAGCUGUCAGGAGCAAGCAGGAGACUUUGAAAGAAUUGGAGGCAGAAGAAAGUGCGGAGUCUCCCAGAAGGAAAGCUGAGCUCCAUGUUGAAGACCUGAGAGAAACUAUUCAUGCUCAUUCAUCCAGAGAUCCUGCUUCCCCGCCUUCUCAAAACCAUGAAGACAGCAACUUCCAGUUUGAUCAAGUCAGGAGCUACAUCUCUGCUGAAGGAAUCUCCAUCAGAAAAGCCAAGGAAUUCCUGGUGCGUCAGACCCACUCCAUGAGGAAAAGACACACAGCACUGAAAGCUGCAAAGCAGCAGUGGCACCAAGAUGUGCAGAAAGCACAGGAGGUGGUGCAAGAUCCUGACAACUCUCAGCUCCUGGAGGGAAUGCGCAAGAACCUGGAAGAGGAAGCCAAGCAGCUGGACAAGAUGAAGUCGGCUAUGCGGAAAGGACAGGUGCUGCUGAAGAAGAAGGAAGAGAAGCUAAGCCAGCUGGAGUCAUCCUUGUUGGAGGAGCUUUCAGAUGAAGAUACGCUAAAGAGUGUUGCAUGCAAGAAGAUGGUGACUUUUGAUCUCAGCAGCUCUGAGGACACAAACAGUAUAUCCAGUGCAAACGUACAUUUGCCAAAGUCUGACCUGCGAACAGAGGUGCAGAUUGCCCUACAGCAGGACAAGAUCCAGUACUUGACAAACUCUGUGCAGCACAUCACCAACGAGCUGAAUGGGGUCCUUGGCGUUCUGAGCUCUCUGAACACCCUCCAGCCUCCGCUCCUGACUUCAACACAGGUGCCCCUGCAGGUUCCCUGUGACAGCAUUCCUCUUUCUACGUAUUCCACCUUGGCAGGCUUGCAGGCAGGUGCCUCCUCGAGGCCCUCUGCUGGGCUGUCUGUGCCUCACCAGUGGGCCUGGGGCACUGGGCUGAACUCCAGCCGCUCCUUCGUGGCUGGGCAGUCGGUGGACCGUUUCCUGGCAGAGAAGUGGCACAAGUACUUUCCAGGUGGGUUCCCAUCAUCCAGUGGAAGUUCUGGUCCUUCAGACAACAAGCUGGGAUAUGUACCUGCAAGUGAGCAGAUGCGCGUGUUCCAGAGCCGUGAGUCAGACAAGAUGAGUAUUCAAGGAAUGAUUGAGACCAACAAGAAAUGGCUAGAAGACUUCAAGAGUGAUUCAAGGAUACCUCUCUUCCCAGGCGCAGAGAAGCCCCCUGCCAGCAGCUCCAGCCUACUUCAGCUAGGGCUGGAUGAAAACAGACAAAUUAAAGUGUACCGUUACUGAAAGGUGGGACUUGAUGUUUUCAGCCCUCGACUCUGGGCACAGGACCUGGAGAGAUGAUAGCUGGGGGCUGUGCAGUCUCUCUAAUGGUACGGUGGGUUUUGGUGAUACCCAGCCAUCUCUGUCUUUGUGCUGUGCCCUUGAAAUAAAGUCUCUUUACAAGAGAGUGGAGGGAGGAGGAAGUGAAGUUCCCAGGUGGAUUCUUCUAAUCCUGUAAUGUGUCCAAAUAUACUUUAUAGACUGUUUAAUCCAGUGGUGAAAUAUCAGGGCUUCAAUAAAUCAACAGUUCUCUCAUUAGUAUUCUAGAAACUGUGAGACAUAGCUGUGAAUCAUGGAGAACUUUGAGUAACUGGUCAAGGGGGAGGACAUGAAUCUAGCUGAGACUUUGCUAGAGGAAAUGUAUCAGGAAAUGAGCCCACACUGAUGCCCAACAAAUGCUUAAUUACAGAUGAGCCAAGUCAUCUGGCUUCUGUGGCGAGUGCAUGAGCAGGGGAGAACGGGCAGCAAAAUGGCUAUAGAAUUGGGAAACAGCAGAUUUUGACUCUGGGAAAUGUUCCUCUCUUCUGGUGUGGAAACAAUAGGAACAAAACCAAGGGUGGUUUUCAUGGCAGAUAUUGUAGGAGAGAGUUCCCUGCGUCCUCCUCUUUCUGCCAGGCUGGCCAGAACUGCGCGGCAUAACUGUGCUAUGGGAGCUCAGCUCAUGUAUUACAAAUGUGCUGAUGGCAACACGGAGCAGGGAUGGCAGGAGAGCGAGCAGCAGUGUCUGCUGGUGCAGGCAGUGCUGGGGAACUCAGCCUAGUGUGACUGCGAGGAGACAAAGCCCCAUCUGCAUCCUUCCCUGCCCUGGGGAAGGGGAUCUGGAGCUCAGCAGCUGAGGCUCUUCCUGCACAGCAGGGCUGCGUGGCAGACCUGAGCGCUGGCCUCGCUGCUUGGAGCAGCUCUCCCAAAACCUUGAAACAAGGCUGGGAGCAGGGCUGGGGGGUUGGCACACGCUGUGCUCCGAUGUGAGCUCACACCUCAGCAGGUGGCUGUGUUUGUGGUGCUUUGGAUGGGCUGCAUUCAGAGCACAGCCACGUCCUGCUGGCAUGCAGAGGUCGGCGGGGGCUGCUUGAACCAGAGGGGUGGGAGAAAUCAGGCCGUGCUUUCAUACCACUAAGUGGGGAAAGUGGUAUUUGGUUGUUUUAUCAGUCAUUCCUCCGAGCUGACUUUAAAUAUUUAAUGCUGUAAAAAAACGCUGUACCAUUUGCUAUUUUGUCUGAUGAGAAGUCUGCAUUUCAAGGGAUCCCAUCUGUGAGAAAUCAGCUUCAAAGUCGCUCUCUCUGGAGACAGCUGAUGCGGGGAGGAUGGCGAAGUUGCUGCUCUUCACCCUUCAGUGCUGUUUUGCUUCUCAGUGGCUAAUGAUGUGCAGCAGAGUAAAGCACAGCUCCCCCUUCCUGGCUGUUGUGCACUGGCACAGCAUUGCAGCGAUUUGUGCUGUGAGGGUGGCAGGGGAAUGUUUACAUGCAAAUAGAAAUAUAUUUUUGAUGAACAUUUUAAAACUCUCAGGAAGAAUGUCCGUAUUUGCAUUUAUUUUUAUUCUUUUGGGGCUGAGCUCCUUAAUAUUUUCUAAAUUCCUCAGCCAGCCUUUGUCCUGGGAUCUUCUGCAGUGGGUAGCAUCACGCUCAUGUCCUUGCUGAAGAAAUCCCAGCUGGGCUGAGCUGGGAGACCUCGUGUGACCACAGGGAAUGGCAGCUGUGUGGGGCAAUCCCUUCUCCAUAGGAAGGGAUGGAUGGAAAUGCAGAUUUCCUGUCUGCUGUCAGAUUAUGCCAAUCCCUGCCUAGAGGAAUUUUGCUUUUGGUUCCCCAGCUCUUGGUGGAACACGUGGCAGAAUCUCUAGUUAUAUUUUGGACUUCUGGCUCCCUGAAGGUGGGGGGAGGCUGUCAGCACGGUGGAUGCUGCACCCAAAGCCGUGCAGCUGAGCUCAGGCUGCAUUCUGAAAAGCAUAGAUUGGUGGUGUGGGGGAAGCGCCUGCUUUCUUAGCAAUAAUACAUUUUGAAACAUGUUUAUUCUUCCUGUUGAAACUUGUGAUCGCUGUAUCUGGUUUUGUAAGCAAAUUAAAUCAACACGAGUCUGUUUUGUA